AUGAUGCGGCGCGGUUCCAUGGCAAUGAUCGGUGGCGGAGAACCAUUAAUCGUGGUCGAAGAGAGCGGAGUUGAGGAUACGGAAUGCUCGUUGCGCUCGCUCGCGCCAACCCGCGAUCUCUCCAUAGACCAGGAGUCACCGCCAGAUCCCUACCAUUUGUCACCCUGGCGAGAGACUAGGAAACAUUCCUUACCAACACCGGCAUGCACGUCCGGCCCAACGGCUAGCCAGGUAAGGCGACUGUCAGAAAGAGGGGAGGGCGCCGCCCGGGAGGCAAGAGAAGCGGCCUUUUUAGCAACUCUAAGCCAAGCACCGCCGCAACCAGGAGGACGAAGACAUUCCGUGGUGACGAUAUCGCGCGUGCCCCAAGCACUCUUCGGACGAGGUCGUAGGGAGUCGAUCGCUGCGUUCCCCGCACUCGGUCGCCGCAGAGAUUCCGGAGCUAAGAAAUGUCCACCUGCUACUGACACGCUAGGCAGCACUCACAACUUGCAACUAGACAUCAUGGACGACAUCGUGCAAGCUCGUAAAGUUCGAAUGCGCCUGUGGAAUACAUCCAAUGAACGAGUUUGUGAAGUACAGCCGCUAGACGAAAGGUCUCCAAUAAGUGGAUCUAUUCGAUAUACAAAUCGCGGCCGCCGACACUCAGAUUUUGUCGGUGCACCACUUCCCCCGAUUCCUGCUCGUCGUCGCGCCUCAGAGAUGCCACCACCCAUACCACCUCGCAGCGGGGUCGGCGUCGUCUGCACAGACACUGAUCUCCAUUUAAUGCUGAACGCGCUCACUUCCUCCGCUACGGAGAUAGACCGCUGUGGAAAACCGGAAAAACCUAGGCGACUCGCCGAUAUGCGAUCUAGCAGUUUCGACGCUUCCACCCUUCGGGAAAAAUCAUCCGAAUCAGGCACUACAUGGUUUACACGACGCCAUCAAACUUUGGCAACAAAGAAAAAGGAAAACGAACCUAAAAAACCAAAAGUGACAUUCGCUCCGGAUUCGAAACAAGCCCCUGGAGAUGCUGCUGCUGUCGUCUGGGAUAAACCGACGGGCUCCGUGGUGGAUGCGAGCGCUCUGGGGAGCGCCAUCGAGGUGUUUCUUAGGCGAAGUAGCGCGGCGGAACCCACGCCAUCAACUUCUGGUGUAACUACGCCCAAACCAAUUAAGAAAGUUGAAAAAGAAACCAAAAAGGGUACCGAUAAUAGAUUGAAAUCUCAAGAAAUGCCUAGCACAAGCAGGCAGGGUUUGCAAAUGGAGAGUGAGCACUGGGUUACCAACAGGCCAGAGGAAGACGACGCAGCGGAAGGUUGCGACGCUUCUAUAUGUUCGUCAUUAAAAGACCUCUUCGUGUAGGCACUUCGGGUGCAUUUUGAAAUCUUAUAAAUAUUAAAUUAGUCGUCGAGUACAUAUUCGUCUCUCAAUUGGCGAAUGCAAUCUACAACCGCGACCCGUUGUCGUCGGCCGUGUCGUAUUUUAUGUGCUCAGUGUACCUUAUACUUUGUAAAUCUUUCAAUGUGAUAGGACGCGUGCAGGCGCCGGCCGCACCGCGGCGACCCGCGACCGACGCACGCACGCAGGCAAAUUAUUUUUAGAGUAAAUUCUAUUUUCAUUGUAAAUUUUUUAAUAUUAGCGAUCAUGAAAUUGACUUAUUGUUAGAUAGAAAAUUGUAAGUAUUCGUGAUUGUCGGGCGUGCGUUUUCCAAGCCGAGCCUCGGCCGGCGUUCCCCCCGCGCGCCUGCCCCUCCCCGCCCUGCUCUGUCUCCUUGAAGAAUCAGUGUCUCGUAAUCCGAUGUCAGUUACUCUAACGAUUUAACUUUAUCAUAUGGAAGAGGAUUACAAAGAGACGUCGGGAGAAAUGUACGCUUAUUAGACGAAGUCGACUUCGGUCCUCUUUAUCAAUAAAAGUU